UGUAAACUAUGGAGCCUCGGGAAAACAUUCGCUUUAAAAGAGAGCCGCUCACUUUCACGCUGAUGUAGACCUGAGGAGAAGGUAACCUGUUUCAACGUUCAGACUUCAGAUACCAGGAAGCUGCACUAUCAAGUUGAAAAAUGAACGGAAAGAUUGCACUCCUUUUGCUCUUCUACUGCGGUGCAGCCUGUGGCUCUCUGGAUACCGCUCCAACCGGUUCCAGUACGGAUACAACAGCGGCCAGUAUACCCGAAGCUGCCACUCCAAAGCCCACACCAACUGCCACUCCAAAGCCCACACCAACUGCCACUACGAAGCCCACACCAACUGCCACUACGAAGCCCGCAGAAACUGCCACUACGAAGCCCGCAGAAACUGCCACUAUGAAGCCCGCAGAAACUGCCACUAUGAAGCCCGCAGAAACUGCCACUAUGAAGCCCGCAGAAACUGCCACUAUGAAGCCCGCACCAACUGCCACUAUGAAGCCCGCACCAACUGCCACUACGAAGCCCGCACCAACUGCCACUACGAAGCCCGCACCAACUGCCACUAUGAAGCCAGCACCAACUGCCACUAUGAAGCCAGCACCAACUGCCACUAUGAAGCCAGCACCAACUGCCACUAUGAAGCCAGCACCAACUGCCACUAUGAAGCCAGCACCAACUGCCACUAUGAAGCCAGCACCAACUGCCACUACGAAGCCCGCACCAGCUGCCACUACAAAGCCCGCAGCGACUCAUACUACAACGUCUGCAGAAACUUCAACAACAAAGCCUGCAGUAACUUCCACUGUUGCGCCUGGAGCGGCUUCCAUUGCUGGGGGUGCUCAAAGGAUUGCAAACGCUGCAAGCCCAAUGAGUCAGAACGGAACACCGCCUGCGAACAGUGGAGCGCUCAUCGGCAUGGUGGUGCUCCUCUCUAUUGUACCCGUUCUGCGGAACUGUAUCGCUUGAACUUUUACGUGUAACAGAUAAGCUUUUCUUACCGCAUUCCUUAGCUAGUGCACUCUCAGUGGGAGAAAUCUCUGAUGAGGACAUGAUGCGUUGCCAAAUGCACACUAUAGAUACCGACAAAUGCAGUGUCACAGAGUCCCGACUGUUGUACGUCCAUUUUAUUAUUUAUCUGCAAAGCAUUCUCGCUCACCAACUGCUUUAGGCAGUGCCGAACAACAACAAUAAAUGAUGGAGAAGUGAUGAUGACAUAGGAUGUUUCCCCAAGGACACGAUGAAGUAAUGGCACUGUGACGACAAACUGUCUGGCUAUUAUAUUUCAAGCAGUUUCAAAGUUUCGUAGGUUAAUAUACUGGGCCUGCUGUAUUGGUACAAAUAAAUGGGUCUAUGGAAAGGGUGCUUAAGGGAAACAUUUCAGUGCACCAUUUUGCUAGCAUGUGCUGCUGGUGCGAAGCCCUAUGGUCCAUACGCUUCCAUAGAGAUGUCGAGUAAUUAUGAAACUUGUUUAAAAAUGCAUGUCAAUAAAUUUGUGUGUACAUACCUUA